UUUGAAGAACUUAGAUUUUUUCCGUAGAAACCACAUUUAUCUCUCUUUGCUCUGCUCUACUCUGUUCCUUCUGUUGGCUCAGGCAGAUGUGUUUAUAAAUAUCGUUGCAGACAGACAAUUGACAAUAGAUACCAAAUACUGCAAAUUCGCAUUUUUCUGCAGUUGUAAAUAUGUGUACAGAAAAAAGAAAGUAAACGGCUGAUCUCCGUCUUGGCUUUACGAUCAUAAGUCUGGCUAAUUUCUGACCAUCCCACGGAGAUCGGUCAAUGUUUGUACUAAAAAUGUGUAAUAGCGUUAGAUAUGUAUGCAUAUACAAAAGGUCAACUGUAGUUUUUUUCCAUCGUGGGUUGCAACGCAUGCCAGCCUGAGAGAGGGAUGAUAAUGCAUUCAAGUUCAUAUACAUAUACAUUUUUAGUAUUAUAUACAUAUAUACAUUAUGUAUUUAUCUAUACCCGCAGGCGAAUUUACUUUACUUUAGGAUAUGCAACAUUCUCAAUCUAAUCAGUCAAGUAUAGAUCACAUAAUGUUCGAGAACUCAUACAAAACUUACUCCUAUGUAAGUAGCCCAAUAUUAAAUUUCAACCGGCUUUUGCCCAGUGAUCGAUUCUAUACUAAAUAUGGUUAUGUUUAUACGGAGGAUCAUGUUUUAGUACAUAGUAUUUUUGUUCGCCGUUUACCAGUGGAAAUGACUGCGGACUCGGUACGCGGUUAUUUUAGUAUACAUGGCGAGAUUGCCGAUGUAAAAGUGACACCAAGUUCAAAAAUAGGUCCUGAUGUGCAUGAUUCAGCCGAGGCUGUGGUUAAGUUUUGUGAUGCAAGCAGUGCCUAUCUUGCAAUCGCUGCCAAACCACGUCAUAUUGAACACGGUCUCUAUCUCGAUAUAGUACCAUACUUUAGUUGGGAACAACCCAAUGCCUAUAAAUUGUCCAACGCUGAUGAUAAUUCUAUGGUUGAUGAACCAAUAUUGACGAUUUCAAAAAAUAGAACUAAUUUACUUGCUUUAGACGAUGAUAGUCUUGAAAAGAUUUUCAGUUAUUUAACGUUACAGGAUCAAAUAAAUUUUUUACGUGUUUGUCCACGGCUGCGGAAUGUCUUUGAAAUGUAUACUAAGCAUGCGUAUAAAACAUGUAAACUUGAUGUGCUAUACAAUUUGACAUUAUGGGAGCUGCGUGACUUCUUUACAGCGGCGGGUGCAAGUCUCGAAUGCUUAGUUGGCAGAAUACCGAGUGAAUUUCUUGAACGCUAUAUGUACUAUAUAUUAAAAUACUCGCCACGACUGAAAACAUUAAAUAUGAUGUCAGUAGCAAUUAAGGACGAUGACCUCGAAGCAAUCACUAAAUUAGAACAUAUGGAAAAUUUAAUUCUCUCUAAAAAUACGUAUUUAACAGGUAAACACAUAGAUCGAUUUAAGAACUUGAAACAACUGGAAAUGUAUGAUUGCGACGGUUUGGAGCCUGGACAUUUAGUUAAGAUAAUCACCACUUUAAGUAAUUUAACGCUACUUGAUAUACAGCGUUGUGAGAUAUUGACAACGAGCAUGGUAGAUUUGAUGGUCGAACAUUUGCCUAAAUUGGAAGUUUUCAAAUUUUCAAUACCACCCACAUGUUGUAGUCGCUUAGCGUUAUUGCCAAGUUUAAAGAAACUUGAUAUUCUGAGCUCUUACGAAAUGGCAUACAUUCCGGAUGAACUAUUCGAAAAGCUAGUCGAACAUCGUGCCGAUCAAUUGGAAAGGCUCUGUAUAAUUUCACGUAAUGCUAUAGCGAAACGACACAUUGAUAAGAUAAUACAAUUGAGAAACUUAAGAUUUCUCUCCAUUGGCAAUAACGACGCAGUCGACGAUGAGGCAUUGCAAAAGCUUUGCCAAUUACAAAAACUCGAAAUACUGUCAAUUAAAGACUGCCACGUGAUAACCGAUAGAGCAUUAUUAUCAUUAGUGAAAUCAUGUCCACGUCUCCAUAUAAUAAAUAUUGAUUUCUGCUUUCAAAUAUCAAUCAAAUUUGUCAUAGAUGCAUUAACUUUUCUGCGUAACAACAAAGAUUUUGUAGAACGCGAUCUGCCCCUCGAGUUUCCAGUACGUGGCACAAGAAUGGAAAGUGGUAUUAAAAAGAGAUAUGCUAAUCUUAUUAAAGAUGGUGAGGACCAGAAUCUUAUUAAAAUAAUACAUCGAUAUGACGUCAGAGUUGAUACUCUCGAUGAGGUUAUGAUUCGUGACAUUUGGCGAAUACCGCAUCUCCAUGGAAUAAGAGAAAGAUAUAGGUUCCAUUAGUUGAAUAAGUAUUAUUUAUUGCUGCCAUUUCGAGCUGUUUUUAUUUUGUAGAAAAUUUACGAAAAAA